AUGGCAAUUGAUUCAAAACCCCAAACUGUGCCGCGCUACUUUCUCCUGACGGAGGAAGAGGCGCCCGAUGGCCCACGCUGCCACGACUAUGUCGGUGGGCCCUGUGCGGCGAUCUUCGGGUUCACCGAUCAAGCGGCCUUCGAUGUGUUCCGUACCGGCGUCGACGCGACGCGGCGCCCUUAUCCCCUGCUUGGCGUUCGCCUGGCCCGUGCGAUGGAACUCCCCGGCCUACAGCUAGUGGUUCUCAACGCCCGCGGCCCUCACGAAACGACUUUUGAUGCGGCCACGGCCGAGGCGGUCUUCGCAGCGCAGAAGGCGCCGGCUAGUCCGCUGACGGCGUCGCAUCGGCUGUCACUAGGCGCUGAUUCAACGGCUUACGACGUCCAGCCGAUGGACGCGUGCGGCGAGGAGAAGGAUGAAGAUGAGCGAGAAGAAACCCGAGCCGCUGCAGCGGCCUGUCGCCCAGAAGAAGUGCCCCGUGUGCGGUCACUCGUCGUAUUCCAUCGAUGGCAUCCACCCCCAAUGCCAUCGCGCUCAAGCCGACAAAACGCGGCUCGCCAAGCACGCCGCCGAAGUCCGGGCGAACCCGCCCGAGCCGGACGCCAGCGCCAAGAAGACCGGCUUCAAUGGCGCCAUCCGAUUCGGAACAUGACGCUCCGCCAUCGAGUUGAACGGCUGUUUGGUCCUGAGGACGUGCGGCCAUUGAACGAACGCUUCAAAGUGCUGGGGGUCUUCAACCCUGGCGCUGUCGUUGUUGGCGACGAGGUCGUGUUGCUGGUCAGAGUAGCUGAAACGCCAUCCGAUGAGAGGCCCGGCUUCGUGGGACUGCCUCGCUAUGAUGCGAGUGGCGACGCGGUCGUCGACUGGACGCCCGUCGCCGAACUUGAUUGCACCGACCCCCGUGUGGUGCGGCGGGAAAGCGAUGGUAGAGUACGACUCACGUCCAUCUCUCAUUUGAGAGUGUUGCGGCGGCCCGCUCGGGGCGAUCCCGCUUGGAGGGUUGGCCCGGUGUUCCUCCCCGCAUCGCCAAUCGAGGAGUAUGGAGUUGAAGACCCUCGCAUCACCGAGAUCGACGGUCGCUACUGGAUCACUUAUGUCGCCGUCUCGCGGCAUGGCGCUGCGACCGCAUUGGCUUCGACGCUCGACUUCAUCACAUUCGAACGUCACGGCGUAAUCUUUCCGCCAGAGAACAAGGACGUUGUGCUCUUCCCUCGCAAGAUCGAUGGGAAGUACGUCGCACUCAACCGGCCCACGGCGAAGACCAACUUCUGCCGGCCGGAAAUCUGGCUCUCGCGCUCGCCCGACCUGCUGUACUGGGGCGAGCACCAGCCCCUCCUCAGUGGUCUCAUCGACUGGGAAGCCGAACGCAUCGGCGCCGGACCGCCACCAAUCGAGCUGUCGUCAGGGUGGUUAGUGAUCUACCACGGUUGCGGCGUUUCGGAUCAGUGUGGCGGCGUUGGCGAGUAUUGCGCCGGCGCCGUUGUGCUCGACCUUUUCGAUCCGACGAAGGUUCUUCGCCGUAGCUCUACGCCCGUGUUGCGCCCGAUUGCAGAUUUCGAGCGAGAGGGUGUUGUGCCCAACGUGGUCUUCCCAACGGCGCUCAUCGAAAGUGAAGCGACGCUGAAGGUCUUCUACGGCGCCGCUGACACCGCCGUGGGGGUCGUGGAGUUCCCGCUCAGCUCAUUGCUCGGAUCGCUGUGCGUCGCGUUCGUCGGCGAUUAUCCGCCGCGGAAGUGCGGCAUCGCUACCUUCACGCAUGACCUGAGCACCGCGGUUGCGAAACACGCAUCGAACGAGUGCCUCAUUGUCCCUGUGGACGAUAUCGACGGGGGCUACGACUACCCACCCGAGGUGCGUUUUCAGAUCGUUCAGCAGGAUCGCGACUCCUACCGCCGCGCCGCUGACUUCCUCAACUUUAGUAGCGUCGAUGUCGUCUCGCUCCAACACGAGUUCGGCAUCUUCGGCGGGCCCGGCGGCGUUCAUAUCCUGUCGCUCCUUCGGGAACUGAGGGUGCCGGUCGUCACGACGCUACACACGGUGCUCCCCAACCCCGACAAGACGCUUCGUCGCGUCAUGGAACAGUUGGUGCAGCUCUCGACGCGCCUGGUAGUGAUGACCGAGCGCAGCCGCGCAACGUUGCGAGAGGUCUACCAAGUCGCGGAUGAGAAGAUCGACCUGAUCGUCCACGGCAUCCCCGACCGGCCUUUCGCCGACCCGAACUUCUACAAGGACCAGUUCGACCUCGCUGGCAAGCAGGUAGGGCUCACUUUCGGUCUGCUCUCGCCGAACAAAGGGAUCGAAGUCGUCAUCAAAGCGAUCCCGGAGAUCCUCCGCUCGGCGCCCGACUUCGUCUACGUGGUGCUUGGCGCCACGCAUCCGAGCCUCCUGCGGAACGACGGCGAGACGUACCGGAUCGGGCUGGAACGGAUGGCGAAAGAACUCGGGGUGCAGAAACACGUCGUCUUCUACAAUCGCUUUGUCGAGCUUGAAGAGCUGACCAACUUCAUCGGCGCAGCUGAC